AUGAACUUUUUACGAUUGCUAACUAAUGAAAAGCCAAGGGGCGAUGAGGAAAAUGCAGAUAAUAAAGAUGAUAAUGCAAAUAAAGAUGGUAAUGUAAAUAAAGAUGAUAAUGCAAAUAAAGAUGAUAAUACAAAUAAAGAUGAUAAUGCAAAUAAAGAUGAAAAUGUAAAUAAAGAUGAAAAUGUAAAUAAUAAAGAUGAUAAUGUAAAUAAUAAAGAUGAUAAUGUAAAAAAUGAAAUUCCAAACAAUAGUUCAAUAGUAGAUAAUAGCAUAAAAGAAAAAUGUGAGUCACAAAAUGAAAUAAAUGACGAAACAAAUUACGAAAUAAAUGCCGAAAUAAAUGAUGAAAAAAGGUUAAUAAAAGAUAAUAUAACAACUUUUUCGAACAAUAAACCCCCCUUUUCUGACAAUUUAAAUUAUAAAACAGAUAAUGAUCGGGUUGGAGAAAAAAGAAAAUUAAAUAACAGAUUUAUAGAUCAUAAUAAUGAAGAUAAAUUAUCAGAAGAUGAGGAAGAAAAAGAUUUUGAAUAUUAUUAUAAAAAAACAAUAGAUUUUAUAAAUACAGAAUUUUUUGAAACAAAUGAUGAAAUAAAAGAUAUAUUAAAUAUUUCAGAAUCAGAUUCAAAAUCUUCAUCUGAUAUUAAUAAAAUUAAUAUUACUCAUGAUAAUAAUUCACCCAAUAAAUAUGUUCUUGAAAAAAUGCCAUUUUGUAAAUUAAUUAAUUUUGAAAAAAAUAUUUCAACGGAAAGACAAAGGGUUUUAAAUUAUUAUAAUGAAGAUCGAAAACAAAUUUAUGAAAGUAGCAUAAAUAAAGAAAGACAAUUUUCUCAUAUUUUUCAAAAUACAGAAAAAUAUUAUGAUGCAAAAGAAAUAUUAGCAUUUUUACUUCCAUAUCACACUUUUUAUCUCGAUCAUAUUAAUAUUGAUGAGGAUGAUGAGGACAUAGAAUUAAUAAAUAAUACAGAAAACGAAAUUAAAGAAAUCGAACAAUCCAUUAACGAAAUGAAACAAUCUUUUGUCGCCUAUGUUAACCCAUCAAUUGUUUGGAGCCUCGGUCGAAUUGCAGACAGAACGAACCAUCGAUAUAAGAAAUGCAGAAAGAUAUGUGAAUAA